CGACCUCGACCUUGAACCGUUAAAAGCGGUAGAAAGUAGAAAUGGCGAGUGGAGGUGGUUUUUCCUUUGGAAACACUGCAUCAGCAGGAACUGGAGGAUUUAAUUUUGGCACUGCAGCAACACCAGCGGCCACAACAACUGCAGGAUCAACAGGAAUUUCAUUUGGAGCUACGUCAACAGUACCCACGGCUGGAAUACAACCAUUUGGUGUAACGCCAGCAAAAACACAAACUUCAGGCUUGACUAUUGGUAUAGCUACACCAUCUACGGUUGCUACUUCUGCUGCAGGUGCAACAACUGGUUUCUCACUGGGUUUACCAGCAGCUGGUACAACCCCUUCACUCGGAGCUUCCACAGGUUUUUCUCUCAAUGCUGCAGCGACAAAACCCGGACUGUCAUCAGGAUUAACGUUAAAUACAGCUGGUUUAUCUCUCGCUGUUCCCACAACUGGUACCCCAGGAUUAUCUUUUCCUGCUGCGUCAUCCGCUGCUUCUACAGGUCUCUCCAGCUUCAAAUUAGGUGCUACAUCAGCUACUACUGGAGGAUUAGGUGGUGGAUUGUUUAAUUCAACAACUAGUACAGCACCUAGUAUUUUUAAUAAUGUCAGCACUACUACUACUAGUAUCGGAUUAGGUGGUGUCGAUACUAAAACAUCUGCAGCAGCAUCAGGUGGUAGCACCACUAAUGGUAAAUCAAGUGAUGUAAAAGCUUUAAAAGAAACCAUGAUACCUGAUAUGUUAAACCAGUCUGUCGACAGUUUUCAUAAAUAUAUAAAAGAUGAGAAAGUUGUACGUGAAGGUAUAGCGAGGAUGUCAUCUAAACCGUUAGUAAAGGUGCAGGAAGAUACGGCAGCACUGAAACAACUUCUAUCCGUCGUAUCAAAUACCUUACAGAGAAAUACCUGUGCUGUAGAAAAACUUAAACGAGAAAUGACGCAGGAGUUAAAGAAUGCGGAGAUGGCUCAUAGAACAAAAGAUACACCACCAGGUUUGCAGUAUGAAAAUACAGCACCUAAUGAGUAUUUUCAGAUUUUAGUUGAAGAUUUUGAGAGUCGAAUGUUAACAUACAGACAACAAAUAGAAAUAUUAGAGAACCAUCUGACAUCAUUACAUCAACCUAGUAGACAUUCACCUGCAGAGUUAAUAGCUUUAUUACGUAAAUUACACGAGACAUUUGUAGCUUUAGCUGCCCAGUUACAACAAGUACACGAAGCUGUCAAGACGCAGAAGGAACAUUAUUUAAAUUAUCGCAAGAUAUUUCAUGGUGAUACAAAAAAUAUUUUUGAGAGACAGCAAAAGUCUGCCGUACGAGUUCAUGUUAGUCGUACGAUAGAGCAGACAGGUCCAAACCCCUUUACAGGUUUAACCAAUGCAACAGCUGUUGCCAUGGCGUCAGUUUUAACACGCUCACAACAACCAUCAGGGGCCCCACCCAUUGUUGGUCUAACCAGUGGUUUAAAUACAUCCUCUCUAGGAUUUGGACUCGGCAGCUCCACACUGGGUACGUCGACAUUGGGUAGCAGUACGUUAGGAGGUGGAGGAGGUUUAUUUGGUGGUUCAGGCCUGUCGUCAUCUGUAACUCCUAGUAUUAGACCAGCCCUUUCUUUCGGUUCUACAUUCACAUCUACGCCUAUUAAACCCUUAGGUUCAACUGGAGGGUUAUUUGGAAGUUCAACAUCUGCUACACCAGCAGCCACAACAGGAUUUGGACUCGGCACCACACAACCAACCUUGGCUACCCCUAGUCUCGGGGUUGCACCCUUUAAUAUCUCAUCCAGCACCAAUCAACCCUUUACCCUAGAUAAACCCCCGGGACCCGGUGGUAAACGCAAUAAACGAUGAAUACAUAUCAUCAAAUAUCAUUCCUUGAAAAAUUAUACAUAAUUCAUACUAAUCUCUUCUCUAAAGCAAUAAAAGAACAUGUCUUAAGCCACUUGAGGUUUGGAAGUCGAUCCAGGAGUUUUCCAAGAAACAUCCUCGGAAUUUUCCAGCGUGGUUUCCACUUGUCAGUGGGUACAGGACGCAAGGACAGUGUCUAGUCAUGCAAAUGGGACGAAAUACAACCGUUGACACUUGAACGCGAAAUAGGAGUAGGCCGUAGUGCCUCAUUGAUUACACACUAUUGCGUACACACGUUUUUAUUAGCCCAAUCAGUGCAGAAAGUAGGACGUUAAACCCCAUUUCAUUUUGUUUCAUUUAUAUACCGAAUAUUUUUUUGUAUGAUUUGAGUCAAAAUUCACAUAUUGUACGUAUUAAAUCAUAUUUCAUAACUUAA